AUGCACAUUUCCUCCCCCUCCCUCUUGAUUCUACAUCUCCAUCUAUCUAUAGCCUCAGCAAUACAAAUAACACCCAUCCACACAUUCCCACCCCGCAUCUUCAUCGAAAACAUCGCCAUCCGCUCCAACUCUAAGAUCCUCUUAACAUCCAUGUCCACACUCACCCUCUCCACGAUAAACCCCCUCGUCUCCCCCGCCACAGUAGAAACCGUACAUACCUUCCCCUCAGAGCUAGCAACGGGACUCAUCGGAAUCACAGAAUCAACACCAGAUAUCUUCGCCGUAACAACAGGAAUCAUCGAUCUAGCAAACACCCGCGUAACACCCGGUUCCUUGAUCGUUUGGACCGUCGACUUGAGGCGGAUACAUAGGCCGCCUAUCAUCAAAAGAGUCACCACGGUUCAAAAUACCACCAUCAUAAACGGCAUCACGACCCUCCCCACAGCACCUCACAUCCUCCUCGCGGCGGACUCCGCAGCAGGCACGGUAUGGAGAAUCAACCUCCAAACAGGAAAUUCCACAAUCAUAUUCUCAGAUCCCUUAUUCAAACCCGUCAACGCAACGCCGGGGUCGAAUCUAGGAAUCAACGGGUUACAGGCUGCAGGCCAAUUCCUCUACUUCACGAAUUCAGCCCAGGGCCUCUUUGGACGAGUGCCCAUCUCUCGUGGCGGCGAGAAGACGGGGGACGUGCAGGUUCUCGCCAGGCCGAUGAGGGAGGGCUUGGUGUAUGAUGAUAUAGCUGUUGAUGGGGAGGGGAAUGCGUGGAUUGCGACGCAUCCGGUGGAUGUGGUUCGGAUUCGGGGGCUUGAGGGGAAGGGAGGGAUUAAGCAGGAGACUUGGGGGGAUAGUGAGGUUUUGUUGAAUCCUACGGCU